AUGAGUAAAUAUGAAAGUCAUCAAACAAAUAAUUUACGAUCAAAUUCAACAAAAAGUUAUUCACCAGAGUCAAAUGAUGAUGAAUUUGAAGAACAUAUCGAUGAUAGAAAUACACCCACAACUAAUGAUAAUAGCAUUAGUAUGAAAACACCUCAAUCUAUUGAUGAUCUUCUUGAUGUUGAUGAUAAUGAUAAUCAAAAUGAGGAAAAUAAAGAAGAAAUUGAGAAUGACAAUGAUGAUGAUGGUGAUGCUGAUGAUGAUGACGAUGACGACGAUUCUACACGAUUAAGUAUUGAUGAUCAAAAUACAUCAGAAACAACAAGACAUAAAAAAUCUAACGAGAAAAAUGGUAAGCUUCAACCGCUUGUUAAAUUAAUGAAUGUGUGCGAUUAUGUAAACUCUAUGAAUAAAGACUAUCUUUACAAUGCUCAAUGCCAACAUAUAUCCAUUGUUGUCUAUUCUUCUAUUGAGAGAUGUGUAUGUGGGUGUGUUGAAUAA